CGGUCAGCAUUCGGUAGCGCCGCGACGCUCCACCACGCCGCCGCGACGCGCGAGCCAGUCUUAACCUCGCUCUCUGCCAAGGGCACUCUCGCAAUCCGCGCUUUUCGAACGCCCACACGCGAACCGACGCAUCCGAACACGAGCCGGUCGCAUCAUACGCGUCUUGGAGCCGGCUACCGGUUCCAUUUCCAAAUUUUGUGUGUAUCUAGUCACUUUUCGAACGAUUUCAGUCGGUCUCAGCGGAAGAACCUCUUCUCAUCCUUUGAGAGUUUUCUAUGUAUUCAUUGAAAAGCUCAACUUGAGAUGACAAGUAGCUUUUCAUCGACUAUCUCGUCGGGAUUUAGGAUAACCUCAUUAGACUCAAUGAGUAUGUUUUUUCCCUCUCUUUUUUCUUGGUGACACUUCUUCGUACUCCAAGCACUGAUCGUGGGUGUGAGGUUUUGGUGAAACGCUUACCUAUCGUGUUUUUCAUUUUUGAUAAUAAUCCGAUUACUUUCUUCGUAAGCGGGCUACUAUUAUCUAGUGUUCGGUCAUUUUUAACUGAAUUCCCUGCAUAAACACAGUGAAGUAGUGAUAUCCACUCGAAGUUUUGAGGAUCGCUUUGAUAGUGGAUAAAUUGUUCUAUUGCCGUUUGGGUCAAAAGUUCACGCGCACUGAAUAAUAGGUAUAUCUGAUGCACGAUGGUUCAAACGAAAUUGCGGAGCUGGCCAGAGCUAAAAGAUCCAGAAUAUUUGAGGACGAAUUCUUUCGUUACGGUGGAGUCUUGGAUUGAAGGGAAGCAAGUGGAUGAUGGCGCAGAGAAAUUAUGGCGGAUACACGAUAAGCUCUAUGACUUUACGGAAUGGAUACAGAAGCAUCCUGGCGGGGAGACUUUUCUCCGAGUGAGCAAGGGAACAGAUAUCACGGAGCUUUUUGAAGCGCAUCACGUAUCCGUAGCGGCUGAAAAUCUCCUGCCUCGGUUUUACGUCAGGGAGGCUCAAACGCCGCGCAAUUCCCCGUACACGUUCAAAGACGAUGGGUUUUUCAGGGUCCUGAAGAAGAGGAUCCGCGAGGAGCUGCCCUCCGUCCCGAAGACGGUGAGACUCAAGUCCAUCCUCAUCGCGGACAGCGUCGUCGUCACGGCCCUCACUCUCCUCGUCAUCGGGUCCAUCAUGAAGAGCUACCUCGUCGGGCUCGCCGCAGGGGUCCCUCUCACCCUGGGAGUCAUCACCGCCCACAACUUCUUCCACCAAAAACCCAACUGGAGGAGAUUCUAUUUCGAUUUGACUUUCUUAUCGCAUAGGGAAUGGAUAGUGUCACAUGUGAUGAGUCAUCACAUCUACCCGAACACCAAGAUGGAUCUCGAAAUCGUUAUGUUCAGCCCGUUUCUUCAGUGGCUUCCCACCCCAGAAAAGAGUUGGAUCAGCAGGCACUUGAGCCUGAUUUAUGCUCCAGUGGUUUACGGCUCCUUAUUCUUUGCUCAGGGGAUUGUUAGGUUUUUGAGGAAGGGCUUUCAGUCUCAUGACUUGGCGAACUUGGUUGUGCCCGGAGUUAUUUUGGUGGCUUCCUCCUGGGAUAUUAUGUUCACCUUGAAACUCUGGGUCGGAGUUAUUUGGGUGGCAAGCAGUAUAUUUUCAUUCAUAGGAACAACUGCAGCCCACCAUGCUCCUGAUUUAUUCCACGAAGGUGACGUACCACGAGAGGACAGAGACUGGGGCCUACAACAGCUGGACGCGGUGGUCGACCGGAAGGAAAUCAGCGGAAGUCUCCCGCUGACCCUCUUCACUUUCGGGGACCACACUUUGCACCACCUCUUCCCGGCGCUGGACCACGCGGUCCUCGAGCACUUGCACCCGACGUUCGAAAAAGUCUGCGCUCAGUUCAACGUCCACCACGAAGCCACGCCUUACUGGACCCUCAUCAAAGGCCAGUUCCAGCAGCUGGCCAGAACCACGCCGAGGAUCUUCCCGCUCAAAGCCGCCGAGAAACAGAGAUGAGACCCGCUAGUUUAUCUGAGGGGAUUUUUUCGGAAAAACAGGGGCGUCAUUAUAGGGGCUGAGGGGGGACGAAAUUUUUCGGAGGGGGAAAAAUUUGCUAGGAGGCCACUCAAGUAUCACGUAAGGCAGUUUGGCGGACUUUCUUAUUUCCUUCCGCACUUUUAGGGCACCCGCAAGUAAACCUCUCCCCCUCUUACUUUACAUAAAAUGCCGUGACCUUGUCCUAUUCAUCAAAAAAUAACUACGAAAACUUUAAGAAAUUAUUUUAAUGGGAAAAGGUUAGGUAUUAUAUUAAAGUGGGAGACUUACGUAUGACAGGGCUUUCUUCAUCUCUGCUUACGUCAUGCCUAAACGGUCCCCAGGAGGGAAAAUAUCUAAAAAUAUCACCAAUAAUGCCCUAAAAUAAUAAAAUUUUAUGAAAGUUGUACAGGAAAGUCAAUUUUACAGCGGAGGGUCAAAGUUACUGCUCUCCCUGUAUUCUCAAAAUGGCGCACUUUUUUAAAGGAACUAAUUCAUCCGGGAGAGCAAAGUGUUGUUCGUUGAGUAAGAUUGACAAAGUUCCAUAUUUAUCCCCACUAAGAACAUUUUUAGUAUUGACAUUUCUAGUUGAGUGAUUUAUAGAAUAAUUUUCCUAGCUAUUAGUUCACGGAAGCAAAUUUUCAGUGGAUCUUUUUUGUCAAAAGGAGCCAAAAAGCAUUUUAUGAGAAAACGUGUAUAUUGUGGUGCUUUUAUCUACAACUUCUAAUCACACGGAAUAAAAUGAAUUUAAAUAAUAGAUGCCAUAAAUUGUUAGUUCUGUAAGUGACGAGGUUUACAGACAUGUUGUAAAAAAUUGUACUUUAAUGAUUCGUGAAUUAAGGGAUGAUUCGCACAGAGUCAGUAUUUCCAAUUUUUGUUUUUAAUGAGAAAGAAAACCAAGAGAAUUAAAUUGGUGACAACCUAUGAUAGCGUGAUGGUAAAACCCCGAGAUUAUAAAGACACAAUCAACGAAAGACUCGAUUUAUGUACUUAUUCAACCGUGGCACGAGUAUAGUGCUUUAAUGGUGCGCAUCCUUUUGUGAUAAUUUGUAUGAGUGACCCAUCUAUUGAUUUUGUUCUUUUUUUAUUAUUUGGCGGUUAUCUCUAAGUAGGCUGUGAUAUUGUUGGAUUUGUUGUUAUUUAUGAAGUAAAAAAAUAUAUAUUUUUCGAAUAUAAUACAAAAUCUUUCGUGGUUCGAAA